AUGUCGAGGACUUCGUCGGUGGUUGUGGUGUUGCUUGCGCUGGCCCACCACCCCGUCACCGCUUCAAACCUAAGGACCACAAACCUUCUGGAUACUUCUCCCACCGUCGUUCAACAUGCCACCAGCGCCGCGCCGCCGACAAGACAAGCUAGCCGUCACCUCCGCGACUCGGAUGAUUCAAGCAGCGAUUCGGACAGUAACGACUACAGCCCCAAGGGGUUGUACGUCGGUUGCUUCCAAGAUGAUGAGCAAAGCCCGCUGCUCGAGUUCGGGUUUAUUUCCGGGGGCUUCAUCAUUGAGCGUUGCUACAUGCACUGCACGGACGAGGGCGCGACUUUCAUGGGCAUCAAGUAUGGCUUCCAGUGCUCAUGCGGCUUUGGGCAAGAAGAAGACUACACGCUGAACGGCACCGGAGAAUGCACGUGCGGGUGCUAUGGGGAACGCGACGGCAACUGCGGUGGACAGUGGGCUUUCGACCUGUACUCCCUCGGAGGAGGGGACGACAGCUCCACCUCCGUGACGCCGUCACCGACGGCGUCGUCGAUCGGCUUCCCGAUGCCUACGGGCUUCCCGAUCCUGUCGGCCGCGCCCUCGACAUCGUUCACGUGGGGCCCGACGGGGGGGCCGUCGUCAGCGCCCACCUCGUCUCCUACUGGCAGCACCAUGACCAUGACGGACGACGACGGAGGGUACUCCAUGACAGCCCCCCCGACACCUGCGAGGUCGCUGCCGACACCGUCGCCAAGCAUGCUGGUGGGACCCACCCCGACCAUGCCCGUGGCACCCCCUACUCGGAUGCCCGCGACUCCUCCUACUCCGAUGCCGGUGGUACCUCCUACUCCGACACCCGUGGCACCGCGAACGCCCGCCCCCGUAACUGAGGAGCCUGUGGCACCUCCUACUCCAAUGCCCGUGACGCUUCCUACGCCGAUGCCCGUAGCACCGCGAACGCCCGCCCCCGUAACCCAGGAGCCUGUCGUGCCCCCUACCGCGCCGACUCCGGGCUCGCCGACGCCCGCUGACAUGACGGAGCUCGUUGACCUGCACAACGAAGCAAGGUGCGUUCACAACGCGGACCCUCUCACGUGGAGUAGCACGGUGGCAUCUUCCGCCGCCGAACACGCCGAGAGGCUCACGGCCCAGUGCUCCUCCAGCCUGUUCCACAGCACUCAGGAACAGCGCUACGGCUACGGCGAGAACCUGUACAUGUGCUGGGGGUCGGACUCGUGCUACUCGCACGAGAAGGCGAUGGAGGGACUAUACUACGACGAAGUCCAGUUCGACAGUGUUCUCCAGUACGGUGGUCACGCGACCCAGAUCCUGUGGAAGGCUACGGAGCAAGUCGGAUGCGUCGUGGCGCGGUGCACCAACGGCGGAACCCCCUACACGUUCCUCGUGUGCCAGUACGACCCACCGGGCAACUACGGCGGCCAGUACGAGGAACAGGUGGGCCUUCCUGACUCCGGGAAGUCGUGCUAG